UCGGCCAGGAUAAGAAGUCUUUAGCUCCAGCAUAGCUACGCCACUGAGUGCGACGAGCUGCCCGAUCCCGAGAGUGGUGCACAGAGAGGGGACAAGGAACAAACGUUAAAAACUUUUUUCAUUAAAGUUUGGACGUGAUCUUAGUGGAUGUAAAGAUACCACUACCACUGCACGUAGGCUAACGCUGUUAAGAUUCAAAGGAAUGCAUUAUAUACGGGCAACAGUGAAACACCGUCUUCGGAGAUGUCAGCUCAACUUUCUUCGAAUCAUCGUGCUGUUGCAGGUUGCUCUUGGGAUGCAUAUCGCAACCGGAACUGACUUCCCUCCUGACCCCAGUGUGGUGGCCACUUCCACCUGGAACGUCUCAGAUGAAGCAGAAAAAGACCACUACCUGAAGCUGGAAGCCCCGAUGAACAACAUCACCACCUCGCUGGGCCAGACCGCGGAGCUGCACUGCCGUGUGUCGGGGAGCCCUCCCCCCACCAUACGCUGGCUGAAGAACGACGCCCCCGUGGUGCAGGAGCCCCGCCGCAUCUCCUACCGGCCCACCGCCUACGGCUCGCGCCUGCGCAUACGCAACCUGGACACCACCGACACCGGCUACUUCCAGUGCGUGGCCACCAACAGCUUCAGCACCGUCUCCACCACCGGAGUGCUCUUCGUCAAGUUCGAUCCACUCCCCACCCCCAUGGCAGGAAGGCCUUCUCCAGACGAGUACGACGAGGAUGGCUUCUGCCAGCCCUACAGAGGCAUAGCCUGCGCCCGCUUCAUUGGAAACCGCAGCAUCUUCGUGGACUCCCUGCAGAUGCAGGGAGAGAUCGAGACCCAGAUCACAGCUGCCUUCACCAUGAUUGGCACCUCUAACCACCUAUCGGACCGCUGCUCGCAGUUCGCCAUCCCCUCGCUGUGCCACUUCGCCUUCCCCGCCUGCGACCGGAGCUCGGGCAUGGACAAGCCCCGGGACCUGUGCAAGGACGAGUGCGAGAUACUGGAGAACGACCUGUGCAAGACGGAGUACAUCAUCGCCCGCUCCAACCCCAUCAUCCUCAAGCGCCUCAAACUGCCCAACUGUGACGACCUGGCUGCCUACGACAGCCCCGAGGCGGCCAACUGCAUGAGGAUCGGCAUCCCCAUGGCUGAGCCCAUAAACAAGAAUCACAAGUGCUUCAACAGCAGUGGUGCGGACUACCGUGGCACGGUCAGCAUGACCAAGUCGGGCCGGCAGUGCCAGCCCUGGAACUCGCAGUACCCCCACAGCCACACCUUCCUGGCCGUGCGCUACCCCGAGCUCAAUGGCGGUCACUCCUACUGCCGCAACCCCGGCAACAAGCAGGAGGCCCCCUGGUGCUUCACCCUGGACGAGGGCGUGCGGAUGGAGCUGUGUGACAUCCCUGUCUGUGACUCGAAGGACAGCCACGGUGGCAGCAGCAUGGAGAUCCUGUACAUCCUGGUCCCGAGUGUGGCCAUCCCCCUCGCCAUCGCCCUGCUCUUCUUCUUCAUCUGCGUCUGCCGGAACAACCAGAAGGCCUCCCGUCCGCCCGUGCAGCGCCAGCCCAAACCGGUCAGGGGCCAGAACGUGGAGAUGUCCAUGCUGACCGCCUACAAGCCCAAGAAUAAAGCCAAAGAGCUGCCUCUGUCUGCUGUGCGCUUCAUGGAGGAGCUGGGCGAGUGCGCCUUCGGCAAGAUCUACAAGGGCCACCUCUACCUGCCGGGGAUGGAGCACGCCCAGCUGGUGGCCAUCAAAACACUGAAGGACUUCUCCAGCGCCCAGCAGUGGGGCGAGUUCCAGCAGGAGGCCUCGCUCAUGGCUGAGCUGCACCACCACAACGUGGUGUGCCUCCUGGGCGUGGUGACCCAGGAGCAGCCGGUCUGCAUGCUCUUCGAGUUCCUCAACCAGGGCGACCUGCACGAGUUCCUCAUCAUGCGCUCGCCCCACUCGGACGUGGGCUGCAGCAGCGACGAGGACGGCACCGUCAAGUCCAGCCUGGACCACGGCGACUUCCUGCACCUGGCCACCCAGGUGGCGGCGGGGAUGGAGUACCUGGCCAGCCACUUCUUCGUGCACAAGGACCUGGCGGCCCGCAACAUCCUGGUGGGCGAGCAGCUGCACGUCAAGAUCUCAGACCUGGGCCUGUCCCGGGAGAUCUACGCCUCCGACUACUACCGGGUGCAGCCCAAGGCCCUGCUGCCCAUCCGCUGGAUGCCCCCGGAGGCCAUCGUCUAUGGGAAGUUCACCACCGACUCAGACAUCUGGGCGUUCGGCGUGGUGCUGUGGGAGAUCUUCAGCUUCGGCCUGCAGCCGUACUACGGCUUCAGCAACCAGGAGGUGAUCGAGAUGGUACGCAAGCGGCAGCUGCUGCCCUGCCCGGAGGACUGCCCCCCGCGCAUGUACGGCCUCAUGACCGAGUGCUGGCAGGAGGGCCCCGCCCGCCGGCCCCGCUUCAAGGACCUGCAGGCCCGCCUGCGCGCCUGGGAGGGCCUGUCCUCCCACGCCAGCUCCACCACGCCCUCGGGAGGCAACGCCACCACCCAGACCACAUCCCUGAGCGCCAGCCCCGUCAGCAACCUCAGCAACCCGCGCUACGCUGGCUACAUCUACCCGGCGCAGGGCCUGCCGCCUGGACAGAUCGGCUUCAUGACGGCGCCCAUGCCCCAGAACCAGAGGUUCAUCCCCGUCAACGGCUACCCCAUCCCCCCGGGCUACGCCGCCUUCCCCGCCGCCCACUUCCAGCCGCAGGGGCCGCCCCGGGUGGUGCAGCACUGCCCGCCCCCCAAGAGCCGAUCCCCCAGCAGCGCUAGCGGCUCCACCAGCACCGGUCAUGUGACCAGCAUCCCGUCCACAGGCUCUAACCAGGACGCCAACACCCCGCUACUGUCCCACUGCGUGGCCCUGACCCAGGGGCCAGUGUUUGGACACAUGAACCAGAAAGGCCUGCAGAUGGACCCCACGCAGACUGCCCUGCUAGCGGACUCCACCCGACACAUGUACAGUGAAUCGGUCAUCACUGCCGAUUUGUAA